AUUGAACCUGACAAAGGACAGUUUACCAGGCAACCGACCGUUUACUGUAGCAGAAAUUUACAAACAAAAUAAUGGAAACUAAUGAUGUUAAAACAUUUCACCAGUGUGUUGUGUGUGAUGAGAUUUUUCAACAACUUGAUGAUUUAGAACAACACAAUAAAAUACAUAUUAAAAAAGAGAAAACUGAUGAUGUAGAUGAAUAUUGUCAUGUUAAAGAAGAUAAAACUGAUGAUGUAGAUGAAUAUUGUCAUGUUAAAGAAGAGAAAACUGAUGAUAUUGAAACUGUUUAUCAGUGUAAUUUGUGUGAUGAAGAAUUUAAAUCUGACAUUGAUUUAGAAAAACACUGUGAUAUACAUGUUAGUCAAGGGCAAACGGGAGAACGACCUUACCAGUGUGAUGUUUGUAGUAAAUCAUUUACUUUAAAUGGUGAUCUUAAGAGACACAUGAGAGUUCAUACUGGUGAAAAACCUUAUAGAUGUGAUGUUUGUGGUAAAUCAUUUACCAGUAGUGGUAAUCAACAGAAACACAUGAGAAUUCACACUGGUAAAAAACCUAUUGAAUGUGAUGUUUGUAGUAAAUCAUUUAGCCAGAAUGGUCAUCUACAGUCACACAUGAGAACCCAUACACGUGAAACACCUUAUAAAUGUGAUGUUUGUAGUAAAUCAUUUAGUGAGUAUAUUAGUCUACAGCAACACAUGAGAAUACAUAUUGGAGAUAAACCUUAUAAUAAAUGUGAUGUUUGUAGUGAAUCAUUUAGUAGUAAUGCUUAUCUACACUCGCACAUGACAACACAUACGGAAGAAAGACCCUAUACAUGUGGUAUGUGUAGUAAAUCAUUUUCUAGAGCUUAUAAUUUACAAGGACACAUGAGAAUACAUACAGGUGAGAAGCCAUUUAAAUGUGGUGUUUGUAGUCAAUCCUUCACCUUUAGUACUAAUCAACAGAGACACAUGAGAACGCAUACAGGUGAAAGACCUUAUAAGUGUGAUGUUUGUAGUAAAUCAUUUAAUCAAAGAAGUAAUCUACAAAUACACCUGAGAAUUCAUACAGGUGAAAAACCUUUUAAGUGUGAUGUUUGUGGUAAAUCAUUUACUGCAAGUAGUAAUCUACAACAACAUGUCAGGACACAUACAGGUGAAAAAAACUUAUAAAUGUGAUGUUUGUAGUAAAUCAUUUCCUAGAGCUUAUAACUUACAAGGACACGCGAGAAUUCAUACUGGUGGAAAACCUUUUAAA